AUUUUUUCGACGCCUUUUGCUCGAGCAACAGGCAUGUCUGACCCUGCGAACUACACCGUAGGCUGGAUAUGUGCCUUGCCUGUGGAAUAUGUUGUCGCUCAAGAAUUCCUCGAUGAAGAGCAUGAAAAACCCAGUUUUGUGUCGCCAAAUGACACCAACGACUAUACAUUAGGCAAGAUGGACGAGCACAACAUCGUCAUCGCCGUCUUGCCUGAUGGUGAAUAUGGCAUAGCUUCUGCGGCCAAUGUAGCAACUAACAUGCUGAACACCUUCCACAACGUCAGGAUAGGCCUCAUGGUCGGCAUCGGUGGCGGCGUACCAAGCGAAAAGCACGAUGUUCGUCUAGGCGACGUUGUGGUCAGUGCACCUCGUGGUGCUCAAGGUGGUGUCUUCCAGUACGACUUUGGUAAGUCGAUACAAGGCCAAGAAUUUCAGCAUACACGAUUCUUAAACCAACCACCCACUAUUUUGCGGACUGCUAUGACCGGAAUUCAAACACAAUACGAGAGGAAGGGACACCGGCUCGAAGAAGCUAUCAACAGUAUUCUUGACAGUAACGGAAGACUACGCAAGAAGUACCAACGUCCAGAAUCAAUCACGGAUAGGCUCUUCCAGCCUACUGCCAUUCAUGAAACAGAUUGCGGUGCUGCAUCGUGUGCAAAUAAUACUACAAAUUUAGUCUUGCGACGUGGGCGCUCUAUAAAUGAGGAUAACCCUGCAAUUCAUUACGGCAUGAUUGCUUCUGCCAACCAGUUAAUGAAGGAUGCUUUAAUAAGAGAUAAACUAGCUGCUGAAAAAGACGUUCUCUGUUUCGAAAUGAAAGCGGCCGGGCUGAUGAACACGUUCCCAUGUCUAGUUAUCCGGGGUAUCUGUGACUACUCGGACUCGCAUAAGAGCAAACAGUGGCAAGGAUAUGCGGCGAUGACGGCAGCUGCAUACGCCAAAGACCUUCUACAUAGAAUGCCUCUUAAUAGGGUUGAGGCCGAGGAGAAGAUAAGUGUUGUUUUAUCUGAUAUUUUGGAAAGUACCAAUGAGAAUUCAGAUCGAGCGUAUAAGCAGAGAGAGCGACACCAAAAUGAGCAGAAAAUAAGAGCUUUAACAGAGCAGCAACAACGGUGUCACCAAACUUUCAAGACAUCUAACUACGAGGAGCAGAAGAACAUCAAUCCACGCCGAGCGGAAGGAACUUGUCAAUGGGCGUUACAGAGCCGUGAAUAUAUUUUUGACCAGCAGCCUCAUUUACUGACUUAUGCCAUGCACUCAUGGGAAAAGAAUGGGGAAAUGCUUCGACAGGAGGUCGAUGAGCUUUGGCGGGUUUUUCUAGCGGCAACGUCAGCUAAUGUAACACAAAAAACGAUAUGCAUAUUUGAUGCGCUUGAUGAGUGCCGAGAGGUUGAUCAAAAUCAGUUGAUUGAGAAGCUCCAGUUCUUUUACCGCCAGAACUUUUCAUCGACACAGGAUGCCUGUUUGAAAUUCCUGGUCACUAGCCGUCCCUAUGACUAUAUUCAAAAACACUUUCGACCGAUUGCAGACUCUUUCCCAUAUCUAAACUUAAAGGGAGAGGAAGAGAAUGAUCAAAUCCGGAAGGAAAUAGAUUUGGUCGUGAAGAUGCGAGUGAAGGACCUGGCUGAAACAGCACCAUUAUCAUGGGAGAUACAACAGCGCCUUGAGAACCAGCUUCUAAAUAUGGAGCAUCGUACUUAUCUUUGGCUAUAUUUAGCCAUGGAAGACAUUCGAUCUACAUUUGAGAAUAGCCUUUGGCCUGCUGAAGAAUCAAUUCAAAUGAUACCUCCUUCGGUGAAUGAGGCAUACAAAAAGAUUCUUAGCCGAGUACCUUCAAGCCAGAAAGGUACCGUGAGAAAGGUUUUACAGAUCAUUGUGGGAGCACGACGGCCUUUAGCAACAGCGGAAAUGGCAAUGGCGCUUGGUUUGGCUCUCUCCCCACAGUCACAUGCGGCAGCACAUGCUGGAAUAGAUCUAUUACAACUAGAGAAGAAGCUCCGUCGUUUAUGUGGUCUUUUUGUUUUCAUCAAUAACUCCAAGAUCUACCUUAUCCACCAGACAGCGAGGGAAUUCCUUAUCCAACAGGCAAGUUCGAACGAUCUCAGAUUUGCAUACGCAUGCGGCCUAAGCGAUACCGAGAACCUAAUGGCUCUUAUCUGCCUGGCAGCAUUUAACGGUCAUGAGCAGCAGGUUAGCUCAUUAAUUGCUACAGACAACUGGGAUGUCAAUACACCAGAUAAUACCAAGAGAUACCCGAUGAUAUGGGCUUCACUGAAUGGGCACGAUAAAACCGUUCAGAUACUUCUAGAGCAAGGAGCCGAUAUCAACGCUACGGAUGGAUUCUACGGAAAAGCCCUUCAAGUUGCUUGUUCUAAAGGACACGACAAGAUUGCACAGAUUCUGCUAGAGCGAGGAGCCGAUGUCAACUCCCAGGGUAGAUUACACGGAAAUGCCCUUCAGGCUGCUUGUUCCGAAGGACACGACAAGAUUGCACAGAUGUUGCUAGAGCGAGGAGCCGAUGUCAACUCCCAGAGUGGAGAUUACGGAAACGCCCUUCAGGCUGCUUGUUAUAAAGGACACGGCAAGAUAGUACAGAUGAUGCUAGAGCGAGGAGCCGAUGUCAACGCCCAGGGUGGAUUUUACGGAAAUGCCCUUCAGGCUGCUUGUUAUAAAGGACAUGACAAGAUCGCACAGAUGCUGCUAGAGCGAGGAGCCGAUGUCAACGCCCAGGAUGGAUUUUACGGAAAUGCCCUUCAGGCUGCUUGUUCUGAAGGACACGGCAAGAUAAUACAGAUGCUGCUAGUGCAAGGAGCCGAUGUCAACGCUGAGGGUGGAGAUUACGGAAGUGCCCUUCAAGCUGCUUGUUCUGAAGGACACGACAAGAUCGCACAGAUGCUGCUAGAGCAAGGAGCCGAUGUCAACUCCCAGGGUGGAUUCUACGGAAAUGCCCUUCAGGCUGCUUGUUACACAGGACAUGACAAGAUCGCACAGAUGCUGCUAGAGCGAGGAGCCGAUGUCAACGCCCAAGGUGGAGAUUACGGAAAUGCCCUUCAGGCUGCUUGUGAUAGAGGACACGGCAAGAUCGCACAGAUGCUGCUAGAGCGAGGAGCCGAUGUCAACGCCCAAGGUGGAGAUUACGGAAAUGCCCUUCAGGCUGCUUAAGUUUUCAAGAUGGGCGCAUCUUGGAUUUUGAAGAAGUGGGGUGUUUGA